UACUCAUUGUAGUUUGCAGAUAGUAUAUAAACCGAAACUUGAGGAGAACGAUCAGUGUGUCAGCACAAUGGCUCGUCUCAGCGCCCUUCUCUUCGCAGCCGCCGUCGCCCUGGCCCUGGUUUGUGGCACCACUAGUGCGCCCGCCAGCGAGGAGACCGCCGUCCUGAACCACAACAUCGGCUUCAGCAUCGAUGGUAUCGCCAAGUGCCUGGCCGUACUGGGCCUUACUGGAUGGGCCCAGUCCUUGUCGGAAAUCCUCAAGGAUUGCGUGCCACUCAGCGGCAGACCCUUGAGGUUCCAAUUCUGCGUUUUGAACAAGGUUACCCAGCUCGGACCUCAGUUCGUCGAAUGCGUCCGGAAGACACCCUAACCUGCGUCUCAGUUCUCAUGAAGAAUAAAGAGUGAAAACAAAACAA